GGACUACGCGAGGGAGGGGAGGGGACAGCGGAAGGAGGGAGGCCAAGGGAGCUGAUAAAGGCGGGAGGAGUUGGAGAGAGCACGCCGGGUGGCGAUGGGGCGGUGGGAGUGAGCGAACGGGAGACGGGGAACGAAGGCGGCCCGUGCCGCGUCCGUACUGUGCCCGGGGCCGUGCCUCGCCGCGGGGCGGGAGCGGCACGAUGCUGCCGGGGCGGCGGCUGUGAGCGGCGGCCGCGAUGGGCUGCGGGGGCAGCCGGGCCGACGCCAUCGAGCCUCGCUACUACGAGAGCUGGACGCGGGAGACCGAGUCCACCUGGCUGACCAACACCGACUCCGAGAGCCCGCAGGAGCCCGGCGGCGCCGAGCCCGGCAGCAGGGAGCUGGGCGCGGGGCGAGCCGGUAUUCUGGAGGAUGGCAAAUCAACUCAGGCAGGAGGAACCACAACACCAGCCACCACGGGGAUUGUGAGCACUGAGAAGAGGACCAUCAGUGGGGCCCAGUGCAUGAACACUGCUGGAGCUGGGCCACCACGGCAGAGCAGCUUCCGAGCAGCAGAGAGUAAACGGGACACACAGAAAAUGUCCGUGAAAGAAGUCACCAUUAAUGUUUCGAAAACCAUCAGACCCAGCGACAAAAGGAUAACAAAGAAUUGUGUCAAUUAACAAAGGAACGCAAAAGUGAGGAUGGACCUAAGAAUCCUUUGCUGCACUUUACAUGUGGUCAGUCACUGAUGAUUUGAAGAUCUCCAGAUGUUCUGUGUUGGAUACAGCAGGCAGCUGCUGUCGAGUGCCUUCAGAAUCAUGUUUUGUAGAAAACAUCUGCAGACACUGCAUGGCGUUCAGAUGGCGUUUGUCUGCAGCAGUGGCACCACGCAGACAAACACCAACAUUUGUGCCAUUUGUUCUUUACUAAGUGCUAUGUGAUCUGCUCAUAUGUGUUCUGUUCCGCAUUGCUAGUAGGAUGAGACUGAAUGAUAAUGGGUAUUGCUCAUCCCAAUUUAAAACAGCAAAUGAAGAAAAUGAACCUGCAUUUUUAAGGAUAAUUUGUUAAGUGUGCACAUUCAAAUCUACAGAAUCUACAGUAGAUUUGAAUGCUUAAAGAUCUCACUCUCACCAAACUCAGACACAGAUGUCUUGGAAAUAGCAACAUAGGUGGCUUCCACGAAAUCUCUUUAAAACUACAUAUAUCACUUAAAUAUAGUCAGUCACGUAGUACCCUUUUUAUAUAUUAGUCUUUUAAUUACUUAAUUUUAAUUUAUUUUAUAUAUGGACAGAUUUUAGGUCCUAAAAGUGGUAACUUUCAUAUUGACCUUCCUUGAAGUUCCCAGUUGUAGGUGGCCGAUAAAGUUAUGUCUGUUUUGGAUUUUUAGACCCAUCCCUUUACUUAUGUGGAGUCCCAGACUGACUUCACUAGGCUCUGGAAAGUAAGUGAUCACCAACUUUACAUGAAAAUAUCCGUAAUUCUUAAAAUAAUAUUCCAUCAAUGACAGCUCAAAAGAAUUAACCCUAUUUGAUCAGUAGUAGUAGAUUUGGUGUGAAGAAUGUAUUUAAUUGCAUAGUAUGCAUCCUGAAUCACACUACUCCAUGUUUAUCAUAAAUAUACAGCUAAAAGGAAUAUAAAUUUUCAAUGUAGUGAAGACCAGGAAUUAAUUCAACAUAUUAUUUCUCAAUAUAAAAAUAAUACUGUAUGUUCUCUGUCAGUUUGCUCUUUUUUUGAAGAUAGAAGAGGUAGAUUUAUUUGCCUCCUCCAUCAAACAUAUAUAUAUGGAUAUCCUUAGAGUGCCAUUUGAAACAGCUAUUUAAAGAUUGUUCAUAACAAAUAGAUGACAUUGGAAAGAAAAUCCGUGUACAAACUGCAAUAAGUCCCAUUUGCACUUGGGAAAAUUAUUAUAAAUAGAAUUGUGGAACUGAUUCCUAAUUUAUUCCAUAUUAGGACCACUUUAAUAACUUGCUGCUAUGUUUAUGAUUACUUAAUAACUUGUUGGAAAACAAGUCUAUGCAAUAGGGAAUUGUUUAUUAAUUAUUCUAACACAAAGGCAGGGCAAAAUCCAGAGCCAGGAAGAGAGUUUUGCAUAUAAUAGAAGAUGUAUUUAUAAGAAAUAUUUAUUUUUAUUUGUCCUAAAAAUGGAAGAUGAACCUGUGCUGAGCCUUCUGCAGUUCAGCAUGCUACCUGGAAAGUGAUCUUUUGCUAGAUUUUUACAUAAGAGAAUGAAAAAGUACUGAAAAUACUGUUAUACAAGUAAACCAAGUGCUGUCUGCAUGUAUCUCCAGCUUGUGGCUCUCUGCCAGCUUGCUUGCAACAUUACAGGACAGGAAGAGACUUGACUCACUCUAACAAUAAGCAAUGGCUGUAGCAGCUCGGUGACAUUCACAUAGAAAUGGAUAGCCAUUGUUUGAGGCCAUGUGCUAAUCUGAUUGAAAGCACACAUUCAGGAGUCUGCAUGAUUUGUGCAGAGCAGACUGUGAACCAGCCCAGAUCUGUGCCAAACUUGUAAACCACUCCUGUUUCAAAGAAUUUACAGGCAGAGGGAGUACAGCAUAAACUCAUGUGAUAAAGGAUAGCUAUGGAAAGGAAUGAAUGAUGCGUAAGGGAACAGUGGAUUUUUAAAGAAGGCAAAAGGAAGUUGCAUUACAUAAAAUACUGUUCCACAGAGAGGUUCCUAACAGCAUUAGGGCAAGCAGCUGCAGUGACAAAGGAGUCCUGGCAGUAAGUUAUUUUCUGGCUGAGAAAUCACUUCAUACCGGUGUGCUGGCCGAAGGCAUAUUGUAGAAUCACAGAAUCAUAGAGUGGCCUGGUUGAAAAGGGCCUCAAAGAUCAUUGACUUUCACUCCCCUGCUACGGGCAGGGUCUCCAGCCACUAGACCAGGCUGCCCAGAGCCACAUCCAGCCUGGCCUUGAAUGCCUCCAGGGACAGGGCGUCCACAACCUCUCUGGGCAACCUGUUCCAUAUGAUGUGUUGGGUCACAAUACAGAGGAAAGGCAGCAAUGCUGCAUAGCACAUAGGUACGAGGGAGAGCCCUGUCUGCAUCUGGGCAGUCAGCAGGGAGCCAGUCUUCUGAGUCUCAUUCAGAGUGUGAGAUGUGAAGGUGGUUAGCAGGAGGAGUUUAUUGCACUGGUGCCUCGUUAUCCAUUCUUACGUUGCUUAUGUUGACUGUGUUCUCCAUCCGUGUGUCAGCUGUGGAGCUGGAAAGUCCAAUUGCUCUGCAUUGCCCUUCUACCUGCUCAUGGUAAGUUUCUGCAGCUACUUCAAUGUCCCAUAAACAUGUUUAUAUCCUGAAAGAUAACUUCAGGAUAUUCAAAGACUGGAUCCAACUUUCUUGACACAAACCAUGUCUAGUUACAAACAACCUCAUAAACUCUUUUCUUGUAAAACAUUACUCCUCUUACUCAUUCUGAAUAGAAACUACCUUAUUAUCUACCUUGCCGUCCUUUACUGGAUACGGUGGGGAACAUGACCACUGAGGAUAAUGACAAGGCUGAAGUUCUCAAUGCCUUCUUUACAUCCGUCUUUAACAUCAGAUCAGUUAUCCUCGGGGUUCUCUUCUCCCUGACCUGGAAGUCUCAGAUGGGGAGCAGAAUAAACCUCCCACGAUUCAGGUGGAAACAGUUUGAGACCUACUACUCCACCAGGACUGCCAGAAGUCCAUGGGGCCGGAUGGGAUCCACCCAAGGGUGCUGAGGGAGCUGGCAGAGGUGAUUGCCAAGCCACUUUCCACCAUCUACCAGUGCUCCUGGUCAACCAGAGAGAUCCCAGAGGAUUGGAGGCUUGCUAAUGUGACUCCCGUCUACAAGAAGGGUUGUAAAGAGGAUCCAGUGAACUACAGGCCUGUCAGCCUGACCUUGGUGCCAGGGAAGGUCAUGGAGUAGAUCAUCUUGAGGGUGAUCACAUGGCAUGUGCUGGACAACUGGGAGAUCAGGCCCAGCCAGGAUGCAUUCCUGAAAGGCAGGUUCUGCUUGACCAACCUUAUCUCCUAUGAUCAACUGACCAGGCUGGUGGAUGAGGGAAAGGCUCUUGACAUAGUCUACCUAGACUUCAGCAAAGCUUUCGAUGCUGUCUCCCACAGUAUUCUCCUACAGAAGCUGGCAGACCAUGGCUUGGACAGGUACACUCCUUGAUCGGUGAAGAACUGGCUGGAGGGCGAGGCCCAGAGAGCGGUGGUGAAUGGAGUUAAAUCCAGCUGGUGACCAGUCACGAGUGGUGUUCCCCAGCAGUCAGUAUUGGGGUCUGUUCUGUUCAGUAUCUUUAUUGAUGACCUGGAUAAGGGCAUUGAGAGCACCCUCAUUAAGUUUGCAGAUGACACCAAGUCGGCAGGAAGUGUUGAUCUGCCUGCUGGUAGGAAGGCCCUACAGAGAGAUCUGGAUGGGCUGGAUAGCUGAGAUGAGGUCAGUAGGAUGAAGUUCAGCAAGACCAAGUGCUGGGUCCUGCACUUUGACUACAACAACCUCACGUAACGCUACAGGCUUGGAGCAAAGUGGCUGGAAGACUGUGUGAAGAAGUGAACCUGGGGGUGUUGGUCAGCAUGAGCCAGCAGUGUGCCCAGGUGGCCAAGAAGGCCAAUGGCAUCCUGGCUUGUAUAAGAAAUAGUGAUGCCAGAAGGAGCAAGGAAGGGAUCAUCUCUCUGUACUCAGUACUGGUGAGGCCGCACCUCAAGUACUGUCAUCAGUUUUGGGCCCCUCCCUAUGAGAAUGACAUCGAAGCCCUGGAGAGUGUCCAGAGAAGGAUAGAGAAGCUGGUGAGGGGUCUGGAGAACAAGUCUUAUGGGGAGCAGCUGGGGAAACUGGGAUUAUUAAGUCUGGAGAAGAGGAGGCAGAGGG